GUAGUAUCGUAAUUACACCAAACGACUCAGAGUCAACUUCACUCAUCUUUGUUAUAAGGAAUUUUCCCCCAGCUUAUGUCAAUAAGCAAGUGUUAGAGAGAGAGUCUGAUAACAUGGGAUUAACCCAAAACAAGCUCAAGUCUUUGUGUCUGUUCCUCUUCUCUCUUCUCACUCUUACUCCUUUGGCUUUCUCUGAGAUCUUCUUUGAAGAGCAUUUUGAAGGUGGAUGGAAAAGCAGGUGGGUCUUAUCUGAUUGGAAGAGAAACGAAGGCAAAGCUGGUACCUUUAAGCACACCGCCGGUAAAUGGCCCGGCGAUCCUGACAAUAAAGGUAUCCAGACGUAUAAUGAUGCCAAGCAUUAUGCGAUAUCUGCAAAGAUUCCUGAGUUCAGCAACAAGAACAGGACACUUGUUGUCCAAUACUCUGUUAAAAUCGAACAAGACAUUGAAUGUGGUGGCGCUUACAUCAAGCUCCUCUCUGGCUACGUUAACCAGAAGCAGUUCGGUGGUGAUACUCCUUAUAGUUUAAUGUUUGGACCGGACAUAUGUGGAACGCAGACGAAGAAGCUUCAUGUUAUACUUUCAUACCAGGGACAGAACUAUCCGAUUAAAAAGGAUUUGCAAUGUGAAACGGAUAAAUUAAAUCAUUUCUACACGUUUAUUCUCCGGCCUGAUGCUUCUUACAGCGUUUUGGUUGAUAAUAAAGAGAGAGAGUUUGGUAGUAUGUACACAGACUGGGAUAUCCUUCCUCCAAGGAAGAUAAAAGUUAAAAAUGCAAAGAAGCCAGUGGACUGGGAUGACAGAGAAUAUAUUGAUGACCCUGAAGAUGUCAAACCCGAGGGUUAUGAUUCGAUUCCUCGUGAAAUUAAAGAUCAGAAAGCUGAAGAGCCUGAGGACUGGGACGAGGAAGAAAAUGGUCCCUGGGAAGCUCCAAAGAUCCCAAAUCCAGCGUACAAAGGUCCUUGGAAAGCAAAGAAAAUUAAGAACCCGAACUACAAGGGAAAAUGGAAGAACCCAUGGAUAGAUAAUCCAGAGUUUGAAGAUGAUCCAGAUCUUUAUGUUCUGAAGCCUAUAAAAUAUGUAGGCAUUGAAGUAUGGCAAGUGAAGGCUGGCUCAAUAUUUGACAAUAUCUUGAUCACCGAUGACCCACAAUAUGCAAGAAGCAUGGUGGAUGACUAUUUUGAACAGCACAGAGAGUCUGAGAAGGAGUUAUUUGCGGAAGCUGAGAAAGAAAAAAAAGCUAGAGAAGAGGAGGAGUCUCGGAAAGCAAGAGAAGAAGGAGAACGUAGAAGGAAGGAGAGGGACCACCGGUAUGGAGACAGGAGAAGACGUUACAAAAGGGUACGUACACAUUCAUCAAACUCUCUAGUUAUCUCUGGAAAGAAAGUGAGUUUUGAAUAUGUUGGAAGUGGUGAUUUGUUUUUUUUUUUUUUUUGCAGCCUAAUCCACGUGAUUACAUGGAUGAUUAUCAUGACGAGUUGUAAGGUGCAGUACUGGGACGUUUCAGCAAAUGACAAACCAAAGAAAGCAAGCAUUGGAAUAAAAGAUAUGUGGAGAGCAUUGGGAAUCUAUUUGGCUGUCUUGUGUGAUUGUAAUCUGUAACCUUUUGGGGUUAAAAUAUAACCCUUAAAUAUUCAUUUUCAGGUAAAUCUAUUUUGGCAUGUAAACUGUUGCCUGUUUUUGGGAUAUUCAGAAACCUCUUGAGUGUACGUCGCCUCUAAGCUUGAACCUUCUUUCUAAUCACACCCUUAAUCUAUUUGGCACUGUUACCUGUCAAUGGAUCCCAAUAGAAAAGGCCGUGGAUGACAAAGGCUUAGCUAUGAAGAAAAAAAGGCCUUAAGGGUCCGAUAAAAAUGGACCAGACCGGAUUGGUGUAUUUUUUUAUGUUUUAUAGAAUUUUUUUUGGUUUUCCAUAUAAUUUUACGGAAUAUUAUCAAAAUAUAUUGAAAUGUUAACAAAAAUAGAAGUAUUUUCAU